AUGACGUCAAAAGUUUGCGAUGCGAUUCUGUCGGACGAUGAGGACGAUGAGUUGGUGAUGGAUGAGGAAGAGGAGGAGAAGCCGAGUACUUCGGAGAAGAAGAAGGGGAAAAAAGAAGAAAAGGAUUCAGAAGACGACGAAGUGGAUGAUGAAGAAGAAGGAGACGUUGACGAUGAGGAGGAAGAGGAAGAAUCAGACGACGAGGGACAGGAGGGAGAUGAGUUCAAGACAAACGAUCCUCAGCCAUUUCAAAUUUCCGAAGACAACAUGACGACUAGGAAGUUCUCGGAACUCGGAGUCUCCUCGUGGAUCACUCAACAGCUCCAAACGAUGCACAUCAAGACAGCUACGCCCGUUCAGGCAGCCUGUAUCCCACGUAUUCUGGAUGGAAGCGAUAUUCUAGGAUGUGCUAGAACAGGAACCGGAAAGACGCUGGCUUUCGCCAUUCCUAUUUUACAGAAGCUCUCGAUCGAUCCCUAUGGCAUCUACGCCCUCAUCCUGACUCCAACCCGUGAAUUGGCAUUUCAAAUCGCCGAUCAAUUCACAGCAGUCGGCAAACCAAUCACUCUGAAAUGCUCGGUGAUCGUUGGUGGGCGGAGCCUAAUUCAUCAGGCUCGAGAACUUUCCGAACGUCCGCAUAUCGUGGUGGCGACGCCUGGAAGGUUGACGGAUUUGAUUGAGAGUGAUCCGGAGGUUAUUGCCAAGAAAAUCCAAUUCUUCGUCCUCGACGAAGCGGACCGAAUGCUCGAAGGCCAGUACAACGAUCAGCUGAAACCAAUCUUCCAAUCGAUCCCCGAGAAGCGUCAAACCCUUCUACUCUCCGCCACCAUCACUCAGAACAUCAACACCCUUCACAAGGUCUCAACACGAAAACCGUAUUUCUUCGAGGACAAAGGAAAGGACGACGAGACUACUGUAGAUCGGUUGGAACAGAAAUUCGUCGUGUGCCCGGUGGCUGUGAAGGAUGCCUAUCUGGUUUACGUCGUCAAGAAUUACAGUGAGAAGAAUCCAAAGUCGUCGGUGAUGAUCUUCGCGCAGACGUGUCGGGAGUGUCAGGCGUUGGCUUAUAUGUUCGAGGGAUUGGGAUUUCGAGUGGGAUCGCUGCAUUCACAGAUUCCACAGAAGCAACGGCUCGCCGCGCUUUCCGCGUUCCGUUCAAAGACUUUGCAGGUGAUCAUCUGCACAGACGUCGCUUCCCGUGGAUUGGAUAUCCCACACGUUGAUCUUGUAGUCAACCACAACGUUCCUCAAUGCCCGAAAACGUACAUCCAUCGUGUUGGACGUUCGGCAAGAGCUGGAAGAUUCGGUUCGGCGUUGAGCUUCGUGACACAGUACGAUGUGGAGUUGCUGCAAGCAGUGGAGAAGACGAUUGGAAAGAAGUUGGACGAGUUGAAAGUUUCCGCAAAGCACGUCACCAAAUAUGUCACCCAAGUGUUGGUCGCCAAAAAGGAGGCGGAGCUUAAGCUCGAGAAUCAAAAGUUUGGAGAACGAAAAGAGAUUAAUCGACGAAAGGAGAUGCUCAUGAAGGGAAUGAACGAAGAAGACGUCGAUCGACAUCUGGAUGAGAUGAAGAAUCGACGAGUGACGAGUUCUAAACGAAAAUUGGAAAAGAUCAGAGGACAGCUGGAUCGUCGGCGAAACGAAAAUGAGAGAAAUCAGAAGAAAGGAGCAGCGAAAAAGCCGAAAAUUGAAGCUUAA